AUGUCAAAUUGGAGGACUAGGAUGAGGAAUGAGGAAAAUAUUGUCCUCUGGAACAGCGACAUCUCAUGUCACUUGGACGCAAGCUUUUUCGACGACGCAUUCGAGAGGGAAAUUGAGGCUUUGAAGCAGGGAUCUCGGAACUCGGAUCGCGGGAAACUGUUUUUGGAUGGAGUGAGCUCGAGUGUGAAUUUUGAGACGGAAUGGAUUAUUUGGGAGAUGAUUCGGGAGGAGUUUGGGGAUUAUACGGUUGUACGGUUAUUACGAUUAGUUAUCGACUGGAGAUGA